UAGAAAACAAAACCUUCUCUGCCCAUUUUCACCUCUUCGUAUGAGCUCUAUUUAAGCUUUUCGUUCCCCUUCCAUUUGAACUUCCCACACAACCAGUUCUCUUUUCCAGUUGUAUAGAGCAAUUUCUCAUCCUUACUCAUGUCUAGCAGGAGAUCAUCAUCAUCAAGAGCUUCAACAAUGUCUGAAGAUGAGAUUAUCACUGACCUCGUCUUGAAACUACAAGCCCUUCUACCGCAACUUAAUCCGAGGAAGCCCUCAAGGCAGGCACAGGCGUCGAAGGUGUUGAAGGAGACAUGCAGCCACAUCAGGAAGCUGGAGAAAGAGGUGGAUGAUUUGAGUGGAAGGCUGUCCCAGUUGCUGGACACCAUUGAUCCCAACAAUCAGCAUUUUGAUUUGGACUCCAUCAGAAGAAGUUUACUACAUAUAUGAUUAGUUACUUUAGUUUUGAUUCUUAAUUAUAAGUUGAUUAAACCGGAUUACCUUAAUGAUCCGGUUUGUCCUAUUCUCUCUACUUCACUUCUUCUCCCACCACCAACCCCUUUUUCCUUUGGGCUAAAUAUAGCUAGCUGUACUAUAGUAGUAGCCAUCUUGUCGUUACCUGGUCAGGGGUUAAUGUUGUGUGGAGUUGAGCUUGAAAUAUUGUACGUACGGAUUAACAA